UUACUUGCCAACGUUCUGCCACAUAGCCGAUGCAACACAGAGCAGUCUGCGGUAACGGAGAUAACGUUAGCUGUUUAAACAGGUCAAAUGUGUAGUUUUCUGGCCGGAGCGUAACAGUUUAAUAUACAGGAACUUAAUCAGCCUUAAGGAAGGUAACGUUAGUGUGUUUUUAAGUCGUUGUCAAAUUGGCUUUUGUGAUCAGGCUAGCGUAACGUUAGCUUAGCUAAGUUAAUUUAACUAAUUUAGGUUAACGUUACGUUACACCAGCUUAACGUUAGGUAGUUGAAGCGAUGUUGAUGAUUCCCCCCGCUUCGUCUGUCGACUGGGCAGUUGAAUAGGCAAGAAUUUCCACUGGGGAAAAAAACACAAAAGCCCUGUGGCCAUGGCUAAAGACCCAUUAGCCGAGGCAGGCUUUUAUUUUGAUGAGCUCAACAAGCUAAGGGUACUGGAGCCUGAUGUCAGCCAGAAGACAUCAGAGCUCAAGGAAGAGUGUAAAGAAUUUGUCGACAAAAUUGGCCAGUUUCAGAAGAUAGUGGGAGGUCUAAUUGAGCUGGUGGAUGAAUUGGCAAAAGAAGCAGAGACAGAAAAGAUGAAGGCAAUAGGAGCCAGAAACCUGCUGAAGUCAGUGGCAAAGCAAAGAGAGGCUCAACAGCAGCAGCUUCAGGCGCUCAUAGCUGAGAAGAAGAUGCAAUUGGAGAGAUAUCAUAUUGAGUAUGAAGCCUUGUCCAAAGUGGAGUCGGAGCAGAAUGAGUUCAUUGACCAGUUUAUUCUGCAGAAGUGACGAUGUGACUGUGACCACGUUUCCAGAGUGCCUGUCCUGUGUUCUCUGGGAGAUAUCCCCUUUAGAGAAUUACUCUGCUGCAGCUCUUUUUCUGAAGCAAUCCCAAAGCGCCAACAUCGUCCUGAAACAGCUAUACCUCCUCUUUACACCUUACUUCUGACACGCCUGUGUGUCAUGCAACAGCCAGCUGGCUACUGCAGUUGUUCCCACCCUGGUCAGCAGGUGUGAGGAUUUACAGUGUUUAAGCUUCACUGUAUUUGGAACAUCUGAAGUUCUGUUCACACCAAAUGUCUCAACAUCAACAUCUCAGACCGACAUUAAAGAAGAUGGAGCUAUUUAUAAAAAGGAAUAAUAUUUAUACUGAAGAAUUACUGUAUAUCUAGUUUUACUACUUUUUGUAUCAAUUGAAAUACUGCAUGUGCAUGCAUCUGUAAAUACAUUGUGGUUUUAGAAGAUAGGAAAAAGUUGACGUCCUGAUUUGAACAUCUAUGUGUUAUUAUUUUAGGUUUUAUUCCAUUAUAUUGGUACAACCAGUCUGUGGGCACAGCACACAAGGAGUACAUUCUCUUCUUUAUAAAUACAUUUUCUUUCUUUCUAUUUAUGGGUGUCAUUCUCUUCCAUUUAUUAAUUUAGAUGACAAAUGGUUAGACUUGAAUAAAUACUGUAUUAUAUUGCACAGUAAAA